AUGUUUUCUGUGCAGACACUACCGAUUGUGACUCUGGAGGACACGGAGGAAAGCAUGGCCAUGACGGCAGAGACCGCAGUGGCUCUUCCCAUGAGCAACCACACCAGAGAGAGGGUGACUGUGGCCAAACUAACGCUGGAGAACUUCUACAGCACUCUGCUCACUCAGCACGAGGAGCGAGAAAUGAGGCAGAAGAAGCUUGAAAAGGCCAUGGACGAUGAAGGCUUACCAGAUGAAGAAAAAGUAAUGCGACGCUCACAACACGCUCGGAAAGAGACAGAGUUUUUGCGGUUGAAAAGGACUCGACUUGGACUGGAUGAUUUUGAAUCUCUAAAAGUCAUUGGGCGUGGAGCUUUUGGAGAGGUUCGAUUGGUGCAGAAGAAAGACACGGGACACAUCUAUGCCAUGAAGAUCUUAAGAAAAGCCGACAUGCUGGAAAAGGAACAGGUUGCCCACAUCCGAGCAGAAAGAGACAUUCUGGUGGAGGCGGACGGUGCCUGGGUCGUUAAAAUGUUUUACAGUUUUCAGGACAAAAGGAACCUCUACCUCAUCAUGGAGUUUCUACCUGGAGGAGACAUGAUGACUCUGCUGAUGAAGAAGGACACACUUUCUGAAGAGGCGACACAGUUUUACAUCGCAGAGACGGUUCUGGCCAUAGAUUCUAUUCAUCAACUGGGAUUCAUCCAUCGAGACAUAAAACCUGACAAUCUGCUGCUUGACUCGCGGGGCCAUGUAAAGCUUUCAGAUUUUGGCUUGUGUACGGGACUAAAAAAAGCUCAUAGAACAGAGUUCUACAGAAAUCUCACGCACAACCCGCCCAGCGACUUCUCAUUUCAAAAUAUGAACUCCAAGAGGAAAGCAGAGACGUGGAAGAAGAACAGAAGACAGCUAGCCUAUUCCACAGUGGGGACCCCGGAUUACAUUGCCCCAGAGGUUUUCAUGCAAACAGGAUACAACAAACUGUGCGACUGGUGGAGUUUGGGAGUCAUCAUGUACGAAAUGCUCAUUGGUUAUCCUCCGUUCUGCUCAGAGACGCCACAGGAAACUUACAGAAAGGUUAUGAACUGGAAAGAGACACUGGUCUUUCCUCCUGAAGUCCCCAUUUCAGAGCGGUCUAAGGACCUAAUACUGAGGUACUGUACAGACGCUGAGAACAGGAUUGGCGCUGUGAGCGUUGAUGAAAUUAAGAGUCAUCAGUUUUUUGAGCCGGUCGACUGGGAGCACAUCAGAGAGCGACCAGCCGCUAUCUCUAUUGAAAUCAAGAGCAUCGACGACACUUCCAACUUCGACGACUUCCCUGAGUCGGACAUCCUCCAGCCAGGUAUGACGACAAACUCGACAGAACCCGACUUCAAAUCCAAGGACUGGGUCUUCUUGAACUACACAUACAAGCGUUUCGAAGGUUUGACACAACGAGGGACCAUCCCCACGUACAUGAAGGCAGGAAAAGCUUGA